UUACUAUUGUGUUGUGUUUCAGAUCGCUCCUGCUUCCAAGUAAACGCUAAUAGUACGUGCUACAACACUAUCAACUCUUAGUCUCGGUAAUGGAACUGUUUUAAGCUCACGUCUGCAUUAUUUUUAAUUUUUGUCAAUUAAUUUCACUUAUUAUCUGGUAAUCGAUAAUCAAACACACUGCUCCCCACAAUCCUCUAGCAUCCAAGAUUCUUUCAGGCUGAACAGAAACUUUAUGAAAUCUAGACAUUAAAAGCAUAUGGACUUGUUCAAGCUGUAUACAAAAAAGAUUUUGGAUUCAUGGACAUCUUUGCGCCUUGGUCUAAAUCAGGAGUCUGGAGGCCCAAAUACACAACAAAAAGUAGGAUUAUUGUACGAACAUCUACCUCAGGUUGUUUUAAAGUCUAAACACGAGGAUGAAAUAAGCGACUUUUUGGAAGAUUAUUUAGAUGAUGAAUUAAAUAUCAUUUGUGAAGACAAAUCUCACGAAGAAGUUGCACGUCUAAUAUACGAAGGACUUCUUCUUUUUCGAAAUAAAAACACCAGUGAACUUCAGGAUAAAAUAGACAAAUUGACAACUGGUUGUAAUCUUAAUCAAUGUUUAUCUCAAGACCAAAGCACUGAUGCUGACGAUUUGACUUGCAGUGAGUCAGACUCAGGAAGUGAGGAGGAUGUUGACAUGGAGUAAAAGCUUUCUUUGCAAAAUGUAUAAUAUUUCCUUGUACAUACUAGUUUGCUUUGGUUAUAAUAAUGCAAUGUCUUUUAUCUGCUAUUAUUAAACAUGUGUGAGUUGCAACUUCCGAACUUAAGAAUUUCGCUGACAUGAUUCGGUUAUUCUCUGAUUAACCUAAUAAACGAGUGAGGUUUGGGUGGAGAACUUU